AGCGAAUAAUAUAAUUCCAAAGAUCAUACAUUGAUUCGGUUUCGAUUUCGGAGUAAAGAUGGCGCCACGCGGCAAGAAUGCGUACUCAUUUCGUCGUUCUCUGCUCUACUUCGCAGGAGCUGUUGCUUCUGCACCGGACGCAAUUUACUCCCUUCGUUUGCAGCACGGGGGGACAGAUUCCCCCUUCGGUGAGGAGUAUGGAAUGCAAAAGUGUCUGGGUCUGGAAGAUUCUAAACUUGUAAUGCUUUCUCUGGAUUCUAAAAAAAUUUGUAUUGCAUGACCAGCAAAAGGACUCCAGUUUGUGCUACGUGGAGAGGGCAUUUCUCAUGCGGUAGAGGCAUCACAAAGUACUCUACAAAUCUGUGAUGCUUGGGCAUGCAUCACAGACAUCAUGGAUCAUUCAAAAUAUGCAUGACAAACCCGGCAAUCUUCCAGACCCAGACACUUUUACAUUUGAUAAGGAGCCCAAGGAGCUGAAACUGUUUGCGAAUAACAAGCAACGGGAGAAAUUAGCGGACAAAUUGGAAGAGCAGGUCCACUAUGCAUUGCAAAAGCAUCGUACUAGUAGAAAUCGCAUCACAAAUUCGGUCAGCAUGACAAAUGGACCUUGUCAUGCUGUUUUACCUUGGAAUGAAGAUUUGUGAUGCCUGGUUGCGAUUAAUACCAGUACGAUACUUGUGCACAGGAUAUCCACGCGCAGACGUCUUUGUACAACCGGGGCUUUUAUCCAUUGCAAAUUAUAUCGAUCCGUGAGGUCUGCAUGAGUCCAGAAGUUUGUCAUGCAGACUUCGGAUACUCCGCGAGGUCUGCAAUGCAGGGCACUAUAGCAUCACAGGUUUCAUCAUCGCAAUGGCUUUGCAAUGCGUAUUCCGCAUGAAGAUGAAGAACAAUGCCAUUUCAGCAUGGCCCAACAUGUUGGGCACCUUGUGCUACUCGCCCAAGACAAAUUUUUGUGUUACCUGCAGCGUGCAUCACAAGUUGCAACCCUCCAGACCAAGACAUGUUUGCAAUGCACAGCUUUCACAUCAGCAGCGAAUUCGUCAACGACGAGAAAAACGACGAUAUCGUGAGUAAAAACGUCCCCACACCAGAGUUGUAAUGCAAAUCUGCAUGCUGAAAAUGUUUCUCAUGCGGAGACCCAUGAGAAGCAGUCUCUAGUCGUGUUGUGGGAUUUGUGAUGCUAGAAUCAGCAUGAUAUGCUAGAUCUGUGAUGCUGCUGAACAAGCUAAACAGGAUUACACUGCGAGGCCAAACUUGUCAUGCGCAGCAGCAAAAGCUGACAAAUUUGUCUAGCAGAUUUCCCAGCUUGACUCUGGUGUGGGGACGUUUUUACUCAGGAUAGACGACCAAGAAUGGCGCAAGGUGAAGUCAAACGCUAAUUUGAAAGCCUUGUUGCAACAGCGGCAGCAGGAUGGCACAUCGGACAAGAAACCAGUUACCACGGAUGAUUUGAACAAGCAGAUCCAGAUGCAACGGUCCGCUAAGGUGGACAUCCACACGCCUUUCGCCGUAAACGAGAAGAAGGAAAAAUCGGUAUCAACAGGAAAAAUGCCCCCACCCCAGAACUUAGCAGCAUUUGUAUUGCAAACCUUUCCAAUGGAAACAUUCCCCGUCUUGCAUAUAUCAGCAUCACAAAUUUUUUAUGCUGAAUGGCUCAGAAAUUUGUGUUGCAAAGGAGCCCAACGGCAGCCGGAUCUGUUAUGCAAAAGAUGCCUUGCGCAGCUAGAUUCUGCAUCAGAAAUGCUCGUAGUCCUGUCGCGCAAGACAAGAGUCGUUCAUUUGGAAACUUUGCAUGAGAAAGUUUUGCAAAUUGCGGAUUGGGGGCAUUUUUCAUUGCAAUAAUCGGAGUGGAAAAAGGUGAAAGCGCAAACCAAGGUGCGGGCGCGGGGGGAGAAAAUGAAGGUGAGUAACAUCCCCGCGUCUCUGUUGCAAAUGAAGUUUACUUCUACAAAGAAGAAGUCAGAACAAAAGAAUAUCAACGACAAGCUGCUUCGGGACUGGGAUUCUGCUUUUGACGCAGGAGACUCUGCUACAACUUCUUCAAAAUCGACUGACGCUACCACUUCCACGACUGCUGCCUCUGUUGAGGACACCAGCAGUUCUUCGCUGACCUCCGGGGAAGACGCGAUGGCGAGGUAAAUUGUAUAUGACAGUGCACAACUCCCCCUCUCCCUCGUUUGUCAUGCAAAAUCCCAAAUCCAGUCGCUGCCCUGUGGCACUGUUUGCAUGACAAAUUUCGAAAGCCCGAAACAGUACUCCAUUAGGCACAUCAAUUUGUCAUGCACAGGCUCCAGUGUCGCUGGCGUUCGUAGAUGCACUUCAUGCAAUACAAAUGAGGGAAAGGGGGAGUUGGGCACUGUCAUAUUGUAGAGUGAACAUCAUGAAAAAAUAGAACGGCUUGCAGGUCCAUCGCGCUGCGGAAAUAAAAUGCAUUCGUUUCAACGCCCGGCAGAACUGAUGCAAAAGCAAAAAUAUGUCAACAAUUAUGAUUGUGAAAUUUUGAUCCAAGGUACAUGCGUGAGUUUCACGUGGAGGAGAAGGCGCGGCAGGAGCAGCAAACCCAAAGCCCCGGCGCGGCCCGAAACGCGGAAAAGACCUUCGAUUUCGGGACGUCAGCGCACGCAUCCGGCUUCUCCGCCUUCGAGCCCGCGAGCAGUGGAGAAGAUACCGGCGCCACGUCGGUCAUUUCCAUUCCCCUCAACUCCCAGUUGCAGAUCUCGGAGUCCUCGUGAGGAAGCGUCGUGGGAAGGAGGUUUCUCAUAUACAAAAGGGUUGAAAGACGACGUCGCCGCUGGUGCUACAAGAAACUCUAUAGUUGAACUAGGAUAAUUUUUGUUUUCCUGUCGUGUCCUCGGUUUGAUCGAGAUUUCAGUGUGAAGGAGUCUCCAUUUUUUCCAAACCUAGUACGGUCAUGUUGAUGCAAAGCAGAAAGCGAAUCUCGAAA